CGCGCUGCAUUCUCGUAUCCGGAACGAGAGCGCUGUCUUUUCCUUCCUUCCUGGAGUUUUAGGUGCGAGGGGAGCAUGUCCGGUCGCGGAAAGCAGGGCGGCAAAGUGCGGGCAAAGGCCAAGUCCCGGUCCUCCCGCGCGGGCCUGCAGUUCCCGGUGGGCCGAGUGCACAGGCUGCUGCGCAAAGGGAACUACGCGGAGCGAGUAGGCGCUGGGGCGCCCGUGUACCUGGCGGCGGUGUUGGAGUACCUGACGGCGGAGAUCCUAGAGUUGGCCGGCAACGCCGCGCGUGACAACAAGAAAACCAGGAUAAUCCCUCGCCACCUACAGCUAGCCAUUCGCAACGACGAGGAGCUAAACAAGCUGCUGGGGAAAGUUACCAUCGCUCAGGGCGGCGUCCUGCCCAACAUCCAGGCCGUGCUGCUGCCCAAGAAGACGGAGAGUCAGAAGACGAAGAGCAAGUGACCCCAGCGCUACCAUGGGGGAGCAAAGGGGGCUGGCUUCCCCAGCAAAGGCUCUUUUCGCGUCCGCCCGCAGUGUCUUUGGAUGUGCUGGGUGUUAAGAAGAGUUGGCGCGAUCUAGUGGGGAGGUGGGAGGCGAGGACCCUGCCCGGGUCGGGGACCAAUAAAGUCGGUGAAAAUCA